GGAGUGAGUAAAGGUGGUGAGUGAGAAGGUGGUGAAUUCGUGAGGCGGGUAGAGUGCUGGGUGGGUGUGGAAUGCUGAGUGAGGGUAUUUGUGUACGUUGCGGUUAUUUUUACUGUGGAUUAGUGUAUUGUAGUGUGUAGUGUACAGUGUAAUGCGGUGUACAUUAUAGCGUAUGGUGCUGUAGUAAAUAAUGUAGUGUAUAUAGUGUGAGGUUGAGGUGGGCGUGAGUAGGGGUGAAUAGGUGGUGAAUAUGCUGAGGUUAAGGUGAGGCUGAAGUGAGCAUGAGAGUGGAUGAGUGGGUGGUGAGUGGUGAGGUGAGGCUGAAAUGUAAUGGUGAAUAGGUGAUGAGCAUAUUCUUGGUUCUUUCGGUAAAGUCACGUUGAAGGGAAACAAUAAAAUGAAAAGAAUGGAGAGUCCUCAGUCGACCCGAGAUGUGUGUGGCAGUGCGGGUACCGGAGCUUGUGAGGAUCUGCACGAGACAGUUGUCAACCCAUUUGAGUUCCCAGGGUUUCUCGCGCAUCAUGCGCUUAGUCCAAAUACGUGCACCUUCAAAAUCAGCACUCCAUCAACCAACUCCGCAAAAAAGGUUUGGAUAUACACACGUUGGACCUCGGUGGAAACCCUUGCACAACAGACACCGUCACGAUUUCGAUGGUCCAUAGACGAAAUGGCCAAUCUUCAACCAGCUGCCAUCCACCCUGAGGAAAUACACCGACAGGCUUUGUACUUAAGCACGGUCAGCUUGGAUCAAGAACUUGAAGAAAAAACCCAGCUGGAAAUUGAGCAGUUUUUCUCCAGAGGAACAAUCGUCCCAUCGCCAUGGACGCAGAGUGACAACAAACAGCCGGCACGCAAGCAAUACGCAAACUCACCCAUGGAUCCGUUGACGGAGUCACCUACAGCAAAACCCUCAACAAACCUUGGCAAAACAUGUGACGUGGCAUGCCAAACAUCAAUUGCCCUGCCAGUGGGAUUUGACCUGGAAGCGCUGUUGGCGGACUUUCGGCGCCGUGAGGACAGCCUUUGUAGUGAUGGCAGUGGACUCUCCCUGCGGAGGAAGCUCUUUGUGGACAAUUUAGAAGAAAACUCAUGCGACAGUUCAGCCCAGUCUGUGUACACCCCGCCUCACUCUCAAACAAACCGCUCGAGCGCCUCUCCAUCAGCUACACAGCAAAGAAAGGAUCAUUCAUCUGAACAGGGGACUACGCACAGCACGGAACAGUUUUCAUCGAGCCCCAUCCAAGCCAGCGACGCCUCAUCGUGCGUGUGCACACCAGACUCGCAGGACGUGCGUGGCGCUAGGAAUAAAGAUGCCUCCAGCCUCCCCUCUCCCAUUCACAUCCACGAGGAAAUGGCAGCUGCUGUAUCUCUCUUUGAGGAGGAGUGGACUCACCAUCUUUCGCCAUCACCUACAAAUUCUCGCCUUGACAAACUCCAAUGGAACGCUCCAACUUCCCAAAUUGUCACCAAGUACCCUUCUUUACGAAAACCAGAAUGGACCAGUCCAGAACCUGCCCAGCAGACGCAACAGUGGGACAGUCCAUCUUCGCCAUGCUCACAGUCUCCUCCUCUUGCCACUGCAGCAUGUCCUCAGAUGUUGGAAAUUAUCUCGCCUAUUGCUUCAGUAAAAUUGCAAAAAUUGUCGAGUGAGCAUGUCACAGAUGAUGCCGGGGACAAUGGAGCUGACGGGCUUAAAGAUUUGAGCUUUUCAAAAAUAAAUGUUCACAAGAGCAAUGGAGAUACAUUCUCUUCCCAGAAGUACACGUGUGCGGAAUUCUCUCAAGGAAACAGAACUGGAAAUGUGCAAGAAACUGAAUUCAGCAUAGAAGCACAACUGACCGGAGAGCUGAAGUUGCCUGAAAUAAUGAGCAGCACGUACAACACUGGAACAGAGUUACUGGAUGUUGCUUCUAACGCUUCUGAAGCACGCUUUGAAAACGAACUGGAACUAAAAAAAGAUGUAAAAUCUUGUCCGCCGACUGAAACCGAUGACUUGGGCUGCAACGGAGGACGUUGUAACGAUGUCAGGGCUCCACUGCUGUGGGAUUUGAGCACCCGGAAAAGGUUGUGCGACGAUGACGACGAUGGUUUUGGCGUCCCCAUGGAGGUGACCAGAGGGGACGACUGGCCACCACCUCGGAAUGCCGCCAGGGCACUUGUGCUCCUCCAACCCCAGGCUGAGAGCAGUUGUCUUCCCAACGAGGUUGACAGUGGAUAUUCGACCUACCACAUGACUGAAGAGGAGAUUAAAGUCAAGGAUGUGUCCAACAUGGAAGUGGACCUGUGCUGCAUGUGUGCCACUGCGGAUGGCAAGAGCAAUCCAUGCCACUGACUGCACCGGGUGCCUCGGCGACAGCACCAUGCAAUCCCCAUCAAGAUUGGACAUCAACGUUUUGCCUCGACUACUUGAUUUGGUUUUAUGAAAUCCUGAACUUGAAUACGAAUCGUAUAUUUGUAUAAAACCACUCGCUCACUCCUGAUAUUACUGCACGAGUGAAAUGUUUUAUAUUGUUGAUUUAAAGUUUUUUUUUAAACAAUAAACAUUCAUUUAAAGCCCGGAUUUUAAUUAAGUGUAUGAAUUGGCACUGUUCGUUAAUGUAUAGUUAAUGUGUUUCACUGUGGUUUCAUGUUCGUUGUAUUUACGGUCCUGUGUGUAUAUGUGCGAGGUUUAAGAUAUACAGGUUUCCCUCGCUUCAUGCUGGUUCGGUUUGUGUGAUUGCGCUUAUUUGUGGCUUGAAUCCACUCUUAUGUUGCUGUGCGGUCGGACGUGGAACAACACUGUACCGUGUGUACUGUGUGUGUACCAUGUAUACUGUAUGCACUACUCGGAAGGCAGCGGCCUCGUUUUGUGCACGCUUUUUUUUAUCCAUCUACCGCAUAAAGCGAAGGAAACCUGCACACUUGU